ACCACCCACUACCGGCGCACAAGCAACCACGACACCCCUAUUCCCCGUUCCGGCAGACCUCGGAUCCCACAACACCAAGGCCCAGUGAAAGCAACAACCCGCCCAAGCUCUCUCUUACCAACUUCAUACGUGGACCCAAGUCCCGACGAGCAUUGUCACCCCCUCGGCAUUAUGUCAUAA